CGGAGCAACAGGAGAGAGAGAGAUAAAAGCAGGGAGGCAGAAAAGGUUUGACCCAGGAAACAGCACAGAGAGAUUAACAGACUGAGAGAGCAGAGAGGAGUUGGGGGAAAGUUUUGGUGAAACCUCACUCAGUGUUAAUCUUAUCGCUGUUAUCUCAGGGAAGCGGAUUCAGAAUUUUAACAACAGGAGAAGGAACUGCAGCCCCGGAGCCUGAAGCUGGUCCCUUCACUGGGAAUAAUGUCACCCUGUCUUAGUGUAUGACAGUAGCCUCCCAGCUCUGACAGCCUGCUCCUGCUGCCUGUCCCCAGCUCAGAUUCUCACUGAAAUCCCUGCUCAGAUACCCCCCUCUUACCCCCACAGCCCGGUCUGCCUGCUGUCCCCAGGCCGGGCAUAGAGACCGCACCUCGGCGUCUGAUACUGAACAUCAUCGGGAGGGAGAAUGUUCAUCCUGCAGGCCAGGGCCCAGCCCAGAUUUCUGUUUGUGAACGUCACCGUGUUCGGAAUCAUCGUACAUUCCCAGUUACUAGCUGUGGAUCACCGUCGAAUGGAGCUCUCUUCUGGCAGUGAGUGGAAUCUGUGGCAGAGCUGGUCUCCGUGCUCCAGUACAUGUGGAGGGGGUGUUGCCACCAGGGUCCGGAGAUGUUUGAUCAGACAUCCCUUUGGAAAGCCCUGUCCAGGGGACCAGAGACAGUACAAGGUGUGUGCUACUGAGGACUGCCCCCUGGGUACCAAGGAUUUCCGACAGCUUCAAUGUGCAGCCUACAAUGGCCACCAGAUCCCCCAGAUCCGAGGCGCUGCCUUUGAGUGGGUUCCUUUCUUUGGAGCCCCCAGUCCCUGUGAACUCAGCUGUUUAGCCAAAGGCCGGAUGUUUUAUUACAACUUCGGGCGGGUGCUGGACGGGACAAAGUGUGGAGCUGGUUCCCACGGCAUCUGCAUCAACGGGCAGUGCCUGGCUGUUGGCUGUGGUGCUAUCCUGGGGUCCGAGCUGACGGAGGAUGUGUGUGGGAUUUGUGGUGGUAAGAACAGCACGUGUCAGCGAUAUCAGAGCGUCUUCAUCACACCCCAUCUCCCCCCUGGGUCACUGCAGUAUAAUGAGGUAACCAUGAUCCCAGCUGGAGCCACCCACAUCAAAGUGACCGAUAACAGCAGCAAUUAUCUGGCUUUGCAGAACCGAAACUACAAUUCCAUCAUUAACGGGAACUGGGCCAUUAACUGGCCAGGGACGUACUCAGCUGCUGGGACGAAAGUCCAGUACAGGCGCUCUGCGGAUCACCGAGAGAGUUUGGAGGCAAUCGGACCCACGAAGGAGGAUCUGCACCUGAUGGUUCUAUCCAUGGAGCAGGACUCUGGGAUUGAUUAUGAAUACUGGCUUCCGAACGAUCAGUACCGGCUGUACCACGGAGACCGGAAUGUUCUGCGAGGGGCCCAACGCGCGGCUGUCCACGCGUCUCGCUCAUUCUCGCCAGCUCUGCCAAAUGAGCCCACCACCGUCGCCAUGACAACCACCCCCCUCCCAGCACAAAGGUCCCCUGCUCGAUCUCGCGGUUACACAGCUUCUCAGAGAAAAGACAGGUCACAGAGAAACCGCCUACUGCAUCCCUCCAGACCAGGCAACUGCGGCAAGUGCCAAAGGGUUCGUGGAAGAUCAAACCGCGUCAGGCAGUACUGCGAGAGAGACUUUGCUUUACACGUGAAGGUUAUUAAUAAAAGAAUUGUUGGUCUGGAGACAUGUUAUGAUGUCGAGGUGAUGAAGGCGUACAAGAAAGGCUUUGCUGUCUUAAAGCGGGAGUAUCUGUGGGUGCCGAAUACCUGCGACUGUCCCCGAUUGGUCGAGACGAAGCAGUAUGUGGUGAUGGCACACCGACAUGUGAACUAUGAGCGGACACUGAACCGGGUCCUGCUGCAGAAAGACAGCUUUGUCCGAAGGUACAGGCCUCAGGAGGACAGACUCAUGAGGGGCCUGGAUGAGGAGUGUGAGAAGCGAGGAUACCAGCUCAGGGGUAACACACUCGGAUAAGGGUCAAGCCCAGCCUUGGUGGGCUCGGUGGCUGCUCCAGUCACUGUGUGUAGACCGAGUGUGAGAGACAUGGGGAACGCAGUUGGGGCUCUGACACUUUACAGCAAGCAGCUCCCCCCUCAGACAUUGCAGACUCUCACAGUUUGCUGCAUACAGCAGGGAUCCCGUGAGCCACUCUGAUCCAUGACUUCCUGUGGCUCUGGAUACUCCAUAUGGUGUCUAAAA